AUGGCCUCAUCGGACCCCCCUCGCCUCUACUUCGCCUACGGCUCCAACCUCUCCCCAACCCAAAUGUCCCUCCGCUGCCCCGCCUCCACACCCCUCGGCCUAGCCCACCUCCCAGAUCACACAUUCAUCAUAAACGCCCGCCGCUACGCCAACGUCGUCCCCAACGGCCCCGUAAAUCCCGCGUACCUCGCCGACGCCGACGCCGACGCCGCCGCCGCCGCCGCACCGACCACGGACCCGGCCUCAGCCUCCGCGCCUCCUCCGCCCUCGGCUCCGCCCUCAGCGGCUCCAGGCGUCUACGGCGUCCUCUACGCCCUCCCGCCCCAAGACGAAGCAACCCUCGACAGAUGCGAAGGCGUGCCCCACGCCUACCAAAAACAAGACCUCGCCGUCAGCAUCGCGAACCUCGCCUCCAAAGGCACCGGCGCCACUUCUGCUGCCGCCGGUCUCGCACCGGGCAGCAACGUCACGGCACUAGUCUACGUCGACACCGAGCGGACGGAACCCUCGACGCCGCGGGCCGAGUACGUCGACCGGAUGAACCGCGGCGUCGACGAGGCGACGGAGAGGUUCGGGUUGCCGCGGGGGUAUGUCGAUGACGUGAUUCGGGGUUAUAUCCCGGCUGCUGCUGCUGCUGCUUCUUCGGAAGAGGAUACCAAGACCAUCAAGGACCCGUUUCUCGAAAUUUCUUGA